UGGUAAGGUUAAAGUUAUCCAGAGCCAGAUCUCGCGAGAGUGAGUUGCUGAGACGGAUAGAUCUCGAACAAAGUUAAUUUUCUCUUGAUCUGUCCGUCAGAAAAAUGCCGUUUUUGUGUCAGAAUGUUCAGAAGACACGUUGCCGGUGAGAAAUGUGUCCAAUAUUUACUUUGGAGACUCUGGGACAAAAGACUCGGUCAUCAUCUGCGAUAAUUUUAAAUUCUUCCGUUGUAAUCAACAGACCUGCAGCAGUUUGUCUAAAUGGGCGCGGGAGUAACGGGACAGCUAAAGGAGCUGACUGGUCAGUGAGCCAUCUCACUUCUAACCAUCUAACGUUAACGUUUACACUAAUUUAUUGAAACAAGAUGAAGAAGUUCCUCUCGUUGCUUCUCCUCUGUCAUGUGGCAUCUCCAGUUAAACACUCCUUCAAGUUUUUUACAACUGGAUCUUCUGGAUUCCAAAAUGUCCCAGAAUAUGUGGCUGUUGCAUUGGUUGAUGAAAUUGUGAUUGUUGACUGCGACAGCGAUAAAAUGACAGCAGAACCAAAACGUGACUGGGCGAGAAAAUUAUCAGAAAGUGAUCCUCAGCAGUUUGAGUGGUACAGUGGAAGAUGUCGUGAGGAGAUUCACUUUUUCAAAGCCUCGAUUGACCUUUUGAAGCAGCGCUUCAACCAAAGUGGAGGUGUCAACAUUUUACAGAGAAUGAGUGGCUGUGAGUGGGAUGAUGAGACUGGAGAAGUUAAUGGUUUUAAUCAGUAUGGUUAUAAUGGAGAAGACUUUUUAUCAUUGGACCUGAAGACACUGACAUGGAUCGCUCCACAACCACAGGCUGUCAUCACCAAACAGAGAUGGGAUGCUGACAAAGCUAGAUUUAAAGACAAUGAGUAUUACCUCACUCAGGUAUUCCCUGAAUGGCUGAAGAUGUAUCUGGACUAUGGCAAGAGCUCUCUGCUGAGAAAAGACCUUCCCUCAGUGUCUCUCCUCCAGAAGACUCCCUCCUCUCCAGUCAGCUGCCACGCUACAGGUUUCUACCCUGAGGCAGCCAUGAUGUUCUGGAGGAAAGAUGGAGAGGAGCUUCAUGAGGACGUGGAGCUCGGAGAGAUCCUCCCCAACCACGAUGGAUCCUUCCAGAUGAGUGUUGACCUGGACCUCUCAUCAGUCAAACCUGAAGACUGGACCAGGUACGAGUGUGUGUUUCAUCUCUCUGGUGUGAAGGACGACAUCUUCACCAGACUGGAAGAAGUAAAGAUCAGGACCAACAGAGAGAAGCCCACUGACAUGACCGCCAUCAUCAUCGCUGCAGUCGUUGUUCUUUCUCUCGUCCUCGUCCUCAUCGCUGUGAUUGGAAUCAUCAUUUAUAAAAAGAAGAAUGACGAACGCCUUCCAUCUCCUGUCAGCAACAAGGAGGUCUUGGAGGAACUCAAUCCAAGAACAUAAAUGACAAACACACCACCCUGCACACAGUUUAUGGAUAAACAUUACACUGGAUCAAGGAGCGCUGCCUCCACAUUCUCCUCCACAAACAUAUUAUUAUAUUAUAUCAUAAACUGAUAGAAUCAGGGUUGGGACUCUAACUGUAGAUUUUUAUUGAUUGGAAUACAAAGAAAACAAACUGUAAUAACAAACAAACAAAUAUUUUGCAAAUAUGAUCAAAGAUGAAUGGAGAUUUUAUUAUUUGGAUCAUUUAGUUUAAUUACAAAUAAUUUCCUCUGAUAAACAUUUUUGCUUAAGUGAUUGUAAAUCAAAUUGAGGAUGUUUUUUUUUUUGGAGAGAAGUAAAACAUGAUGUGUAAAACAAUGAAAUCAUCACAACACUCUUCAUACAUACAAAGUAAAGGUUUGUGUGCUCAUCUAAAAAAAUAAUAAUAAUAAUACAUUUUAUUUAUAGAGCGCUUUUCAGGGUACACAAAGGCGCUUUACAGUUAAAACAGUGAACAUGCAGUUAAAGAGAAAACAAACAAUUAAAUCAACAACAAAGCAGUUCUGAUAGGUGAGUUUUGAGGAGUUUUUUGAAUGUGGAUGGAUCUGAGCAGUCUGAUGUUUUUGGGGAGAGAGUUCCCGAGGGAGGGGGCGGAGAUAGAAAAGGCUCUGUCCCCGAGCGGCAGAGUUCUGGAUGUACUGGAGGUUUUUGAGUGAUUUAGAGGGAAUGCCAUACAAUAUGCUAUUACAGUAGUCCAGUCUGGAGGUGAUAAAGGCAUGGAUGAGUGUUUCUGCAGCGGGGAAGGAGAGUGAUGGACGGAGACGGGCGAUGUUCUCCAGGUGGAAAAAGGCAGUUCUGGUGAUUUGGGUGACGUGGUGCUCAAAAGAGAGGUUUCUGUCCAAGAUGACUCCAAGGUUGUGGAUGUGGGGGGACAGAGACAGAGACAAAAAAGUUUGUUUGCAUCCAGCUUUUGAUAUCAGUAAGGCAGUUGGUGAGGGUGGAGUGAGUGGCAGUAGUGAUGGUUUUGGUGGAGAAAAAAGCACAUUAAUAGUAUGAUUCUUCUGCUGUCUGGAAUGUAAAUGUAAUUUAUGAGUAUUCUCAUAUUAUCACACUCACUUCUUGGUUCUGGCAAUAAGAUAAUAUAAACCUUGAGAUAAAGAGAGAUUUACUAACCGGUUGAAAGUUAUUUUACUGUUGAUACUGAUUCAGCCGUUCUUUGGUUCUUUGGUUGUAUUUGAUCAUGGGGGACAAUGCUGCAAAUGAAUCAGAAACAUCCCAAAAUAUUCUCUGCUCAUUAGACUCCUGAAACUUCCCGUAGCUGUCAGUGUGAAUGUCUGUGUGUUUCUUCUGGUGAUAAACUGGACUCCACCUCUCCCAGUGUGUGCUCUCAGCACCAUCAACCGCUGAGGAAAUGGAUGGAUCUUUGCAUUACUGUGGCUAAUUAUAUAUCACAACAUGAAAUUACGUUCACAAUGAUCCAAACAUACACAAAAUAUAAGCAGCAGACAGCACUUUUAUUUUCCAGUUGUGUAAAUAGUUUGUGUGUAAAUAUUUCUUCUUCUUUAAACUGGUUGGAUUUUAAGAUUCUGUUCGUUUCAAGUCAGGCCAAAGUAAAAGAUAAUUUAUGUUGUUGAGGUUUUUCUGAAUGAAUCAUGAGUAGCUUAUGUUGAUUUUUUUGUUAUUUUGAUGCAUUUUGAAAUAUUUUAUUUUUAGCUGAGAUUCUUUUUUUAUUUUAUUUUUUAUUUGUAUUUUUCAUGCUUUAUUGAAAGUGACAGAUAGAAAGGGAGUGACAGAGGGAAGGACAUGCGGCAAAGGGAGCACAGGCCAGAUUCGAACCUGGCUCCGCCGCAGCAAGGUAACGUUCUACCAGUGCGAGCCACCGGGACGCCCCUUUUAGCUGAGAUUCUAAGUGUUGUGGGAUGUUCAAAUAUUCUCUGUACAGUUAUAGAAAUCUUUAAAAUAUUUAAUGAGUAUUUGGGGACAAGGGACAUUUAAUCUCUUAGAUAUUUUAACUGAAGAAAUUUAGAGCCAAGCUCUUCUUGUGUUGGGUGAAGUAGAUGAAUGUCAAAUGAAGUUUCCCUGCAAUUUCAUUUCUUUUGUACUUUUGCUUUUCAAUAAAGUUCCCAAUAUAACUAA